UCCCUUCCCGCCCCCUGCCGCCCAGCGGGUAGUCUCAGCGCUCAGACGCUGAGGCCAGAGCCCCGUGUCUGUGCCUGGCCGGCAGCUGGGAACGCGCCUACCUGUGGAGCCCGGCACCCCCUCCCUGGCACCUGCGCUCCUCCCCAAACCUCCCUUCCAUCCGGCUGCUAGCGCUUGUCUCGGACAGGUGGCGCCGGGAGCCCGGGCAGGGCGCCAGGCUCGCAGCUGGUGACAUGUAGAUGCCCGGGGUCCAGCCUCGGGACCUGCACGCCUCCUGUCCCGAAAGUUUGGGCCGCGCGCCAUGGCCAAGAGCAGCUCCCUGCACAUCCGCGUGGUGGAAGGCCGGGCACUGCCCGCCAAGGACGUGUCUGGGAGCAGCGACCCCUACUGUCUGGUGAAGGUGGACGACGAGGUGGUGGCCAGGACAGCGACUGUGUGGCGCAGCCUGAGCCCGUUCUGGGGGGAGGAGUACACAGUGCACCUGCCGCUGGACUUCCACCACCUGGCCUUCUAUGUGCUGGAUGAGGACACUGUUGGGCACGACGAUGUCAUCGGCAAGGUAUCCCUGAGCAAGGAGGUCAUCACAGCUGACCCCCGAGGGAUCGACAGCUGGAUCAACCUGAGCCGUGUGGACCCGGACGCUGAGGUUCAGGGCGAGGUGCGCCUGGCCGUGCAGCUGCUGCAGGAUGCGCGGGGCCGCUGUCUUCGCUGCCACCUGCUGCAGGCCAGGGACCUGGCCCCCCGAGACAUCUCUGGCACAUCGGAUCCAUUUGCACGCCUGUUCUGGGGCAGCCAGAGCCUAGAGAGCUCGAUCAUCAAGAAGACCCGCUUCCCACACUGGGAUGAGGUGCUGGAGCUCUGGGAAACGUCGGGCGCCCCAGCCCCGCUGCGCGUGGAGCUCUGGGACUGGGACAUGGUGGGCAAGAACGACUUCCUGGGCAUGGUGGAGUUCUCCCCGCAGGUCCUGCAGCACAAGCCGCCCAAUGGCUGGUUCCGCCUGCAGCCCUUCCCUACAGCCGAGGUGGAUUCUGGUGGUAGCCUGGGCGCCCUGCGGCUGAAGGUGCGGCUGGCCGAGGACCGCGUCCUGCCCUCGAAGUGCUACCGGCCCCUCAUGGAGCUGCUGCUGGAAGCCGUUCGGGGUCCCCCGGAGGAGGACAUUGCCAGCCCCCUGGCUGUUCUGGAGGAGCUGACCUCAGGGGACUGCCGCCAGGACCUGGCCACCAAGCUGGUGAAGCUGUUUCUUGGCCAGGGCCUGGCCGGGCCCUUUCUGGACUAUCUCACCCGGCGCGAGGUUGCUCGAACCACUGACCCCAACACCCUCUUCCGUUCUAACUCACUGGCAUCCAAGGCUGUGGAGCAGUUCAUGAAGCUCGUGGGCAUGCGCUACUUGCACGAGGUGCUGAAGCCGAUCAUCAAUCGCGUGUUCGAGGAGAAGAAGUACAUAGAGCUGGACCCGGGCAAAAUGGAUCUGGGACGGGCCAGGAGGAUCUCGUUCAAGGGCACGCCCUCAGAGGAGCAGGUGCGGGAGACCAGCCUGGGGCUGCUCACCAGCUACCUGGGGCUCAUCGUGGAUGCCAUGGUGGGCUCUGCAGGGCGCUGCCCGGCUGCCAUGCGCCUGGCCUUCCGGAAGCUGCAGCAGUGCGUGGAGGAGCACUUUCCCGCCGCCGAGCACCAGGAUGUGAAGUACCUGGCCGUCAGCGGCUUUCUCUUCCUGCGCUUCUUCGCGCCUGCCAUCCUCACGCCGAAACUGUUUGACCUCCGGGACCAGCACGCAGACCCCCAGACCAGCCGCUCCCUGCUGCUGCUUGCCAAGGCUGUGCAGAGCAUCGGCAACUUGGGCCAGCAGCUGGGCCAGGGCAAGGAGCAGUGGAUGGCACCCCUGCACCCCUUCCUGUUGCAAAGCGUUGCCCGCGUGAAGGACUUUCUGGACCAGCUGGUGGAUGUGCGGGCGGACGAGGAGGCUGGCAGCCCUGCCAGGGCCCUGGUGCCAUCCUCGGUGACUGUCCGAGAAGGCUUCCUGCUGAAGCGCAAGGAGGAGCGUGGCAGCCUGGCCACGUGCUUCGCCUUCAAGAAGCGCUACUUCCGGCUCAGUGGGGAAACACUGUCCUACUCCAAGGGCCCCGAGUGCCAGGUUCACACCGCCAUCCCAGUGCCGCAUAUCUGUGCUGUGGAGCGUGUGGAUGAGGGGGCCUUCCAGCUGCCGCACGUGAUGCAAGUAGUGACACGGGAUGGCUCGGGGAUGGGGACGCUGCACACCACCUACCUCCAGUGCAAGAAUGUGAAUGAGCUCAACCAGUGGCUGUCAGCCCUGCGCAAAGCCAGCAACCCCAACCAGGACAAGCUGGCCGCCUGCCACCCUGGGGCCUUCCGCGGGGGGCGCUGGACCUGCUGCCUCCAGACAGAGCGCUCAGCUGCUGGCUGCAGCCGCACCCAUGCGGCUGUGACCCUGGGCGACUGGAGCGACCCACUGGAUCCUGAUGCCGAGGCCCAGACAGUCUACAGGCAGCUGCUGCUGGGGCGGGACCAGCUCAGGCUGAAAUUCCUGGAGGAGUCCAACCUGGAUGCGGCUGCAGAAGCACACACAGGGCAGGGUAAGGAAGGGUCCUGCCCGGAGGCUCUGGCCCGGCAGAAAGCAGCAGCUGCCCACCUGCUGGAGGUGCUGGAGGACCUGGAUCGUGCCCAUGAGGAGUUCCUGUGGCGGGGCCAGGGGAAGGUGGUGCCAGGCCCCUGGGGGUCCUGAGGAAGCCAUAGAGUCUGCUGAGAAGGAGCCGGGAGCCAUGGGGCCGCCUCAGUGUCCUCUGGUGCCGGAGUCUCCCUGAGACUGUCCUGUUCCUCUGCGAUGUUGUGGCUCGGAAUCUCCUGGAGACGUGCCUGUCCUGUGCGCCCCAGUCCACGUGGGGCAUGGAAGUCCCAUGGCUGGCCACACUGCACUGAAUGUGGACGAGGAGCCUGAUCCACUCAGCCUGGAGUCUGCCCUGCCGGAUGAGCCUCUCCCCACAGCUACAAAGCCCAGAGCGGCUGGAUACAGCUAUACCUGAAACCUCAGCCCCCUGCCCGUGCCCUUUUGCCCAGAUGGGCACUAAAUGGUCUCAGCCCUUCC